GUGAGCGAGUGUUUCGAAGGUGCGGUCGAGAGAAGCUCUGAGUACAAAAGUUGUAGGAAGUUGCCACCGCGUGUCCGCUAGAACCAAGGUAACCAUGUUCAGCUGGCUCAACAACGAUGACGGACGCAAGAAGUGCCCGGAAAUAUACAACACAGUCGUCGAGGGCCUCAAGAAAAUCUACAAGACGAAGAUCCUCCCCUUGGAGGAGCACUACCUGUUCCAUGACUUCCACUCGCCGCCGCUGGACGACCCGGACUUCGAGUCGAAGCCCAUGAUAUUACUGGUCGGUCAGUACUCGACGGGAAAAACUACAUUCAUCAGAUACUUACUGGAGCGCGACUUCCCGGGCAUACGGAUUGGACCUGAACCCACGACCGACCGUUUCAUAGCCGUCAUGCACGGCGAACAAGAGGGCGUGAUACCGGGCAACGCGCUCGUUGUCGACCCCAAGAAGCAGUUCAGACCUCUAGCAAAGUUUGGAAACUCUUUCCUAAACCGUUUUCAGUGCUCUCAAGUAAACUCACCGGUACUGCAAAGCAUGACAAUCAUAGACACGCCGGGCAUUCUGUCAGGUGAGAAACAGCGCGUUGACCGAGGGUACGACUUUACGGGUGUAUUGGAAUGGUUCGCCGAGCGUGUGGACCGUAUCAUUCUGCUUUUCGACGCGCACAAGCUGGACAUUUCGGACGAAUUUCGACGUAGCAUCGAAGCUCUACGUGGUCACGACGACAAGAUCAGGAUUGUGUUAAACAAGGCGGACAUGGUCGACCACCAACAGUUGAUGCGUGUUUACGGGGCGUUAAUGUGGUCUUUAGGCAAGGUGCUCAAUACGCCUGAAGUGGCGAGGGUCUACAUCGGUUCUUUCUGGGAUCAGCCGUUGAGAUACGACAUGAACCGCAAGUUGUUUGAGGCUGAGGAGCAGGACCUCUUCAACGAUAUCCAGGGACUACCUCGGAAUGCAGCGCUACGAAAGCUCAAUGACCUGAUCAAGCGAGCACGGCUUGCCAAGGUGCACGCCUAUAUCAUCAGCUCUCUGCGGAAGGAGAUGCCAUCCAUGUUUGGCAAAGACAGCAAAAAGAAGGAGCUGAUCAAGGGCCUGAGUGCACUGUAUGCCGAGAUCCAACGGGAGCAGCAGAUCUCUCCCGGCGACUUCCCGGACCUGCGCGAGAUGCAGGAAAAGCUGAUGGCACACGACUUCACCAAAUUCCACGCCAUCAAGCCUCGCCUCCUGGAAACAGUGGACCGCAUGCUCGCCGAGGACAUCGCCCAGCUCAUGAGCAUGAUCCCGCACGAACAGACGGAACAGAAAGAAGACGGAGUCGUCAAGGGCGGAGCGUUCGACGGGCUCGAACAGAGUCCCUUCGGCUACGGCAGGGGAGAGGGAGUGGACGCCGGGUCGCUCGAACCCGAUUGGGUGGUCACAAAAGAAAGGUUCAAGUACGACGAAAUCUUCAACUCACUCUGCCCAGUCGACGGCAAGAUUUCGGGAGCCAGCGCGAAAGCCGAGAUGGUCAAGUCCAAGUUGCCGAAUUCAGUGCUGGGUAAGGUGUGGAAGCUGUCGGACUUGGACAAGGACGGCAUGUUGGAUGCGGAUGAGUUUGCGCUCGCAAUGCAUCUCAUCGGGGUCAAGUUGGGCGGCCACGAUCUACCCUCGGAGUUGCCGACGCAUUUGGUGCCUCCGUCGAAGAGAGGAUUUGCUGCACAGUGAAAAUGGUGAAGUAGGUGGACAGGUGAACUAGGGGAGUGUGGGGAAAAUGCGGUGAGGGACAUGCAGUGGUGAGGUUCAGCGGGACUGUUUUGAUGCACAGAUUGGUCUGUAAAGAAUUGAGCAAGAGAGCUUUUCAUGAACCGGCGACCAUGGAGAUUUAGUGCUACACGUAAACUGUGAAUUGGUUAGAUUAAUACAGUAGCUACAUUGCAGCCGGUUCGCAGUUUGACGUAUUUCCUUCAUUUUGUGCAAUAUUAGUGCCUUCCUUACGUUCAGCGUGUGGAUGCUUAAAUUCGCGUUAACAGGGCUGGGAGCAUGGUCCUCCUCAAUCAUAGAGAAACAACAGCUGACUUUGAGGUAGCCUGUUGCAUGACCGUUUCAUACAACGCUAUUGCAAUGUGUGAACCUCAUCACACAUCCUCGACACCCACUGAAUUUGCUGCCACAGGUACGGUGACCUACUCAGAGCCUCUCCAACAUCCUGCUGACUUUUCCUUAUUUUUCACAGAAACUGUUUUGCAGCACGUUUUUACAUUGUAUUCGAAGUACCAACGCCAAGCAAAAAAAAUGUACUUCUGAGAAAGUAAAGCACACUCACUCACGUCUGUGCUACGAGGUUGAAUGGUAGGAGAGGGAACAAAACAUCUGUAUAGCGACAUAUCGUAGCAGGCUCGUUGUUCGAUGCUUUCCGUUUUUUUCUUUGUCGGCAGGCAAAAAUUUGUAAGUAGCAGAUUUUUAUAUAAAGUUGUGUACUAUAUGAAACGAUGCAAGAACAUGCCUUUGCCUUUCAUUUUUUCUUUGUGUAAGGCAAUAAAAGACGUUAUUUUAGA